CUAGUACAGAUUUGCCUCAUGUGGGAUACUUGGAAUUUUAAACAUUUAAAUAUUAUUAUUGAGGUUUCCUGAAGCUCUGUGGAGCGUCAUACAUCAGGAACUGACUCAAGCCAAACUGCACAAUCCAUGUGAAGCAUCUUUGGUUCAAAAUCAAUAGAUCUUCUCUCUUGCGUGGUUUCACAGAUUAUUGUGCUGUUGAAUAUAAAAACGCUGUCUUGCAGGUAGCAGCGUUGCUGUCUUUGAUGUGCCAAUUUCCAUGUGUAUCAAAAACAUUUCCUUUUAAGAAUUGCAAGAGAGUUUUGUUAUUUAGAACUAUAGUUUUAUCUGCAGCUUUAGUUGUCAUUGCACAAUGAUGCAAUUCUGAGGUUGAGGAGAGUUAAAAUGCACAGUGGAUGUCAGUCACGACAAUGCAGGUGUCCAAUGUGCUAUAUUUUUAAUGCUGUGUGAAAUGUAGUGAAGCAAAAAGGGAGCGUUAUAAAUACAUCACGUAUGUCUUAAUCUCUCUUUACCGUGGGUUUUCAACUUUGAGGCCAAUGCGGUUCUUCUGAUCAUACAUCAAUCACUUGCCCAAAGGGAAUCCACUAUGGCGAUGAAAGGCAAAUGAAAAGAGAUUGGGCUGUUCAUAAAUCUCCGCUUUGCUUGCUUUUUAAUGUACUAACCAAGCUCUGCAAUUACUUCCUGUCUCCACUGCUGGUGAGUAUGAUGUUGGAUCCUGGAGCGUCCACUAAAUGUUGAUGCAAAUGGCUCAGUUUACUCUGAUUCAUUGUGUAAUGUGUCAUUCAUGAACAGAAUGGCCUGUUGUUUUGAAAGCCACUGGUAAACAAUUCCUUUUUUUCUCCAUAUGAGCAGUUUUGUAAAGAGUCGAUAAUGGCCAAUAAGACCGCUGUUUAAUAUUUAAAAAAAAAAAAAAAAAAAAAAAAAAAAAAAAAAGUCUGAAGUCCAAAGUGCUGGUCAACUGAGUCCAGAGAAAGCAAGUGUGGCAGGCUGCCCUGCGGUUUGUGAUUUUUAUUGAACUGACAAUUAUGCCCUGGGGUUACUUGAUGCCAGGCCUGACGCUCGUAUAAUGGGCCAAACCAGGCAUAUAUAAUGUCAAAUGCAAACCUCAGCUAGUCUUGGGCUUAAACUCCCUCUCAGUGAUUUUAUCAUAUCGACGUUUUUGUUUGUGAAACUUGAGGCACUGCUUUUGAUGGACAAGAAAACGGCGAGAAGUUAAUCAGUUUUUAAAAAAACGAAUCGCUGCGUGUCCGGAAAUGAUUAGCGCAGUGGAGCCGCUGUCCUUUCUCAGGUGGGAUUGGUUGGUAGGCUAGUGUUACUGCGUUGUGUUCCACAGGUAAUAUGAUCCGUAUAAUCCGAUCUUGUGAAGCAGAGUUUAAUUGCCUCCCAGCCUGCUGUCUUUCUCCUUCAAACAAUUUAAAAGUGUUCCGUUCAUGUUGUUGUCCGCUCGUGCUGUUGCUUCGUGAGCAAGAUGAGCGUGGAAACCAGGACAGUGGUGUUACUUUACACUUGUCUCUUCUCUAAUGCUUUGCUCAGCUACAAUAAAUGGUUUUUCUGUUGCUCAUGAUGUCAUCCUAUUGGUGACAUUUGCCCUAUUUGACCCUCAAUACCACCAGUGUUCCCCAUGGGGGAUUUCCAAAUAUUAUGUGAAUGCGUUUACAAUUACACUGCAUUAUGGAUGCAGUAAGCUUGAGACACAGCUAUAUUUACUUGUACCCUGGCUGAGUGUAUUCACUUCUGUCACUAUCGAAAAUGUAAACGAGUUUUCAUUUAAAAAAUGUUUAAAUGCAUAACUUCAAAUGUGUUGCCAUUGUCUCUUUAGUUUUGAGUGCGCACCAACAUUUGGACUGACACUCUUUGGUGCCUCCAUGCCCUCCUUUCCUAAAAUAACACAAAGACCAAAGAGGCCAAGUUGGGUGAUCACUCUUGCAGGGGAGCACACUUGGAAUACUGUGUCACUGUUUUAUUCAAAUGCACUUGUUCAAUAUCUGAAUACGGGACAUUGUUAAACUUCUUGGUUAAAGGUAUAUUUAGCUUCUUCAUGACAUGGUGUCUUCCAGCCCUUUUAGUUACAUAUUUAAUUUUUUUUCAAAUUAGAUAAAAUGUCCCCUCGUUCCAUUUUCAACAAGCACUGCCACUCUAACUUAGACAAGUUGAACAGUUCCAGUUUUUGGGAUUCUCAUGUGUGCGCAGCCUUCCUCAAUAGAGGAUUUUCAGUGACCCCUCAAAUUGUUUUGUCAUGGUGUGAUCACCAUGCCUGUGAUGAGUAUAACUGUUUGGCAGUAAAAAUGUUGUGCUCAACACAGCUACUCUCAUUUCUGAAAUGAUGUUUUACUGGAUCCUAAUUUGAUCAACCUCUGAUACGCGUUUAUCAAAUAAUAAACCAAAGUUCGAUUGAGGCAGUUUCCUCUGUGGCUUUAGUAUGAUAAGGGUUGAUCAUUCAUUCUCUCUUAUCUGCAGCUGAAAGUAUGUAUCACAUCACUUGGAACAGUUGACAUGUAAUAACUUGUUCCACCUGCCUGGGACUUAUGGGGAAUAGUUUUAUUAAUCUGACUCUGUAUUGGUUGUUACAGUGGUUGUUUGUCAUCUUCAUCCACCCCUGUUCUGAUAUUGUAACUGCUCUGAACAUGUCAGCCGAUUUCCAUACUAGGAAGAAACGCUGUCUUCAACAUCAUGGCAUCCUGUGAGGUCUGUUUUAGUCAAUGUCAUGGGGUUUUUAAAAUGCUGGGAAUUUGUGUGACUCAUGAAUUGUGAAUUUGACUGCACUUGAAGUAUGACUACUUUGUUGAUAACAGCAUGUAACGCUCAUCUACGCAGUCUACCAUUUGUGGUAAUGUGUUGUGGUUUUUAAUGCAAGUUGGCAGAUUUUUUUUUAUUUAUGUGUCAACUUGAAUAUGUGAAUUUGACCACAUCAUAAAGUUAAACCUUCAACAAAAAGCUUAAAACGUAAACGUCCUAAAAAUCUGCCCCUCCAUUUAAAAACCCCCAAAUGAUGUACUUUAUACAAAAAAAUCAUCUUGUUGCAAGGUCAAAGUAAAUUGAGUCUUAUUAACAGCGGAAGAGUGUUAUGUUUAGGAUUAAAUGGACUACAAAUGGCUUCCUUUUCUGUUUUUGAAUUAAAUCUUUUUAUAUUAAUUCAUUAAAAACAUGACCGAAUAAGUCUUUUUGACAGUGGUAUUGAUCGUGGCUUGUGAAUGCUACACAAUCUUAUGUAAUCUGGGGGCUUUGGUUGUGGCAAGUGCUGAAGAGUACGAUGGUGAUUUAGGGAGAGUGACUUGCCUCCAGUUGAGGACAUGUGUCAAUGUAUGCACCAUUCAUUGGGAACUAAUAAUUCAGUUUCCUAUAUUCUCUGCAGUAGUGUAUUUCACUGGGAGAUGCAGACGGCUGAGGAGAGUUUUUGUCUAGAAUGCUGUGUCACUGGAAAUGUCCGCAUAGACUCUCGCUCUCCUCACCGCCCUCCCUCUUCUGUCCCCCUGCUGCCACGCAUUUGUGUCCACUUAGAUGAGAUGCUUCUGAUGCAAUACUUUGAUGAUCAUCAUUCUGCUCGCUCUGCUGAUGUCUUUGUUGCGGAUGUGAACAUGAGCGGCUGUCUUGCUGCUGUCUAUUUAUCCACCCCUCCAUCCAUCGUCAGAUGGUGCAGGCAUGGCAGCUGGAGUAUCCUCCGGUUGCCGGCGGUACUCUGUGUGCUUUAUCGCCUGGUUGCUGAGGGAAAGGCAUAUUUAUGAAGAGAUGUCGGUGAAGGGUGAACAAGUGGGGGAGGAGUAGGAGACUGGAGGGAGACUCGGGGAGAAAUGUGAGCAUGUGAAUGUGAGAGAUGCUCAUGUGGAGGGUGGAGCUUAACGGACAGUUCCCUAUGGUUUGCUCUGUCUCCUCCUCUCUCAGUUUUCCCUCAUACCACUUGCUAUAGUACAUCUGCAGACUGCUUUUUUUUGUUCUUUUAGCUUUCAGAAUUGGUCGGGCAUUCUAAUUUUCAGAGAAGGAUUAUCUUCAGUGUGGUGCAACAGGAUUUUUUUUUUUCCAUUCACCAUAGUGCUCUCUUUUCCUUCAGUGAGAGCAUGAAGGGGGUGUGGUGGUUCCCUGAGCUUGCACUAACUGGGUCCUGUAAUUCUUAAGAGGGAGGCUGGUGAAAUUAAGGCAGUGGACUGGUGGCUAGCUGGAUUUUCAGCGGAAGAACGGAGGAGAGUCUUUUGUGAGGGAAGAAUGGUAAUGCCGGCUCCUCGUGCUUCAGUCGUGCUGCUGCUUCAUAGGCUGCGUGCCAUUUGUGCUCAGCCCCGCCUCACCUCGACAUGAGCCUUGCAGGAAAAGUGUCCUGCUCCAUGCUCAACUGCUUUGGUGAAGAGGGCCCUCCCAGUCUGGAGUACAUCAAGGCCAAGGAUCUGUUCCCCCAAAAAGAGCUGGUGAAGGAGGAUGAAAGUCUUCAGGUGCCAUUCCCAGUUCUUCAGGGGGAAGGAGUGGAAUAUCUCGGUCGUGCAGAUGAAGCCAUCAUUGCCAUAUCUAACUACAGACUCCAUAUCAAGUUCAAGGACUCUGUUAUCAACACCUACCCAGGUGUGGACAAUGAAAUAUCUGUGCCACUCAGGCUGAUAGAGGGCGUUGAGAGCAGGGAUAUGUUCCAGCUGCACAUCAUCUGCAAGGAUUCCAAAGUUGUCAGGUGCCAUUUUGCAACAUUCAAGCAGUGCCAGGAGUGGGUGAAGCGUCUGACUCGGGCCAUUACGCACCCAUCACGUCUCGAAGAUCUGUUUGCUCUGGCUUAUCAUGCUUGGUGUCUGGGAGGGAGCGCUGACGAUGAAGACCAGCACGUUCAUCUCUGUCGCCCAGGUGAUCAUGUACGGCAGAGGAUGGAGCUAGAGGUCAAGAGGAUGGGCUUUGACAUGCAGAAUGUGUGGAGAGUUUCUGAUCUAAACUGCAACUACAAACUUUGCUCCAGCUACCCACAGAAGCUCCUAGUUCCCAUAUGGAUCACUGACAAGGAGCUUGAGAGUGUGUCGUCCUUCAGAUCCUGGAAGAGAAUCCCAGUUGUGGUCUACAGGCAUCAGAAAAACGGGGCAGUCAUUGCACGAUGUAGUCAACCGGAGAUCAGCUGGUGGGGCUGGAGGAACACUGAUGACGAGUACCUCGUGACAUCCAUCGCCAAGGCCUGUCACAUGGACACCAGCAAAGGUUCAUGUGGUGCAGCGGCAUGUCGGCAACGUGGCGAAGCCCAAGACUCGUCUGAUAGUGACUUUGACUCCUCUCUGACAGGUGGCUCAGGAUGUGACGAUAACUCUGUCCCACAAAAGCUGCUGAUUUUGGAUGCUCGCUCUUACACGGCUGCCGUGGCUAACAGAGCUAAAGGAGGUGGCUGCGAAUGUGAAGAGUACUACCCGAACUGUGAGGUGAUGUUCAUGGGAAUGGCCAACAUCCAUGCCAUCCGAAACAGCUUCCAGGCUCUGAGAACGGUCUGCAGUCAGAUCCCCGACCCAGGAAACUGGCUGUCUGCUCUGGAGAGCACCCGUUGGCUGCAGCACCUGUCUGUCAUGCUGAAAGCCGCCACUCUCGUGUGCUCCGCCGUGGAACGAGAAGGUCGCCCUGUCCUCGUUCACUGUUCAGAUGGAUGGGACCGCACGCCACAGAUUGUGGCCCUCGCCAAGAUUCUUUUGGAUCCUUACUACAGGACAUUAGAGGGCUUUCAGGUGCUUGUAGAGACAGAGUGGUUAGACUUUGGCCAUAAGUUUGGGGACCGCUGUGGCCACCAGGAGAACACUGAUGAUGUGAGCGAGCAGUGCCCAGUUUUCCUGCAGUGGCUGGACUGUGUUCACCAGCUGCUCAAGCAGUUCCCCUGCCUGUUUGAGUUCAAUGAGGCUUUUCUGGUCAAACUAGUGCUGCACACCUACUCGUGUCUCUAUGGGACGUUCCUCUGCAACAACGCACGUGAGCGGGAGGCGAGGAAUAUCUACAAGCGCACCUGCUCCGUCUGGUCCUUCCUACGCAUGGGCAACAAGAACUUCCAAAAUUUCCUCUACGUUCCUGGUCAUGACAUGAUCCUGCAGCCUGUGUGUCACACUCGGGCCCUGCAGCUGUGGACGGCCGUCUACCUGCCCACCACCUCCCCCUGCACUGCAGUGGAUGACUCCAUGGACCUGUACCUGCCUCCAAAUGUUUCCGGGGACGAACUCACCGCUCGCUCUUUAGACAGACUCCCAAAGACUCGCUCCAUGGAGAACCUUGUGUCUGCGUUUGAGAACGGGAUGCCCCUGACACGGACGUCCAGUGAUCCCAACCUCAAUAAGCUUUGCCAGGAGGGUCGCCCCAUUCUGGAGAACUCUGGGGAGGUCAAACCCGCCAACGGUCUGGAUGAUGGAAAACUCACGGCGAGGGAGCCUUCUGAAACACCGGAGGAGGAGUCUGAUCCAGACUGCUCUGUGGAGCCAGCCGAAGAGUCCUGUCUCACCACUCAGCCCUUGCCCUCCUUGCCUCUUCCACCUGUCACUUUCUGUGAGGACACAGCACUUUGCCACGCUCCCUGCACAGCUCCUGUGCUCCAGCAGGCUGUGCCACUAGUAGCCAACCUGCCACUGCCACCCCCUCCACCGGAAGCUGAGACCCACUGUAGGACUUCUGAAAGCACUUUGACCCCCUCUCAUGGAUCAGAGCCAUGUUUACCGCUGCCCUGUAACGGCACUCAACCUGCUGCCCAUUCCCUCUCCCCCAAUCUGAGCCCCACGGACAGUCGGGAAAGUUGCCUUCCCCAGGAUUACGACCAGAAGAUGCCUCUGCCGCCCAUGGAGGACUCCACCGAGACCAUCACAGAUGAGGGAGAACCCCCCCCAGUCCUGCCACCAGCUGACUGUGAAGGUGUGGUCCACAGUGAACUGAAAGACAAGGAGCAGGCUGAGCCUGAGCUGGAAGGGGAGGAGACAGGGUCAGAUGUCAGAGAGAAAGGGCGCCUGACAGCUACAGCGCCGCCUGCUGACUUCAUUCAUGGACCGGCUCAUCAGCUGAUCUCCCAGAGCCAGAUCUCCGACCUGGCCCUAUUUGGCUCCCAUUGGGAGCGCGUUCAGGGUCUGGUCCAGUCUGCAUGCAACGGUGCGAGCCACUCCAGCGCCGCUCGGACAUUUCAGUCAAGUGGCUUUCAGAGCCGCCGGCUAGCCUCCAAGCUGCUCCGCUCUCAGGGUCUUCCUGCUGGUAGCGGGGCGCAGUGCUGCCGCAGGGAGGCUCUCGGGUGCCCGACCAGCCCCCUUCAGCCUGCGUGGCUGGCUCGGGGCGCCAGUUACACGGCCCUCGGCAAUUACUCACUAGCUGGCCAUCCUUUUCUACCAGGGUCCUUCUAUUCACCUUCAGCCUCCAGCUCCCCUCCCCCCACCCAGGCCCCCCCUUACUUGGAUGAUGAUGGGCUGCCAGUGCCCAUGGACGCGGUGCAACAGAGGCUGCGGCAGAUCGAGGCCGGCUACAAACAGGAAGUGGAGGUGCUGCGGCAGCAGGUGCGUCGGCUGCAGAUGAGGCUGGAGAGUAAACAGUUCAGCACCCCCCCAUCAGAGCCGGACGUCGACUACGAGGACGACAUUACGUGUCUGCGGGAAUCUGACAACAGCAACGACGAGGACUCUCUGUCCUCCCACAGCGAGGACCGUCUGUCGGAGGGCAGCUGGGACCGAGUGGAGAGCAAGGACACAGAGGUCACGAGGUGGGUGCCCGACCACAUGGCCUCCCACUGUUUCCACUGUGACUGUGAGUUCUGGAUAGCAAAGAGACGUCACCACUGCAGGAACUGUGGCAAUGUGUUCUGUAAAGACUGCUGCCACCUGAAGCUGCCCAUUCCAGACCAGCAGCUCUACGACCCGGUUUUAGUCUGCAACACCUGCCAUGAUCUUCUCUUGGAUUCACGCAAUCGCGAGAUCCGCAGCCAGCAGCUGAAGAAGGCCAUCGCCACAGCUUCCAGUUGAGAGAAGCGCCUUUUACAGUGGCCAGUCCGGGAUCUCCCGCGAUGAUCCCAGCGUCCUGUCGUCAGCCCGGCCUGCUGCUGGGGCCGCUGCGACUGUGUGAGUGAGAGGAAGACAAGGAGGGUUGCUCUGACCUUCCUGUGAGGCUGAGCGAGAGAUGAUUUGGCUGCAGCAGAAGAACACACCGCCUCCUGUUUCAAGACUGUGUGGAGCAGAGCGCCCCCUACAGCCACAUCUCAAUCGCGUCUACCCCAACCACACGCCGAACUCCUGCACCUCCUCCAGACAGUCUCGCACUUCAGAGGACAAUCCACCUGGACGACUGGAGGCUUUCGACUUUAAAAGAAAAGAAUUGCUGCUACAGUAUUUAAAGUCUAAUUUUGUAUUCUUAUUUUGUGCACUAUUCAAAUAGCUGUUGUGUAUUUGAGGAAAAAUUGAGACCAAACUUGAGUUAAAGGGAGAAAUCUGCUGUUAACUUUGCCAUCCCAUGUUUUUUCUUGGAGCUUGAAUGUACCGUCAUGUGGAACUGGAGUGAGUUUGUGUUUCCGUGUUCAUUGCUGCGAUGUGUUUCCGACUGUACGUGCACUUGAUGUGGUUUCGUCUCAUCGCUGCUGCUCCCCAGCGACGCCACGUGGCGACUCGUCCACUUGGAGGGAAUGGUGUGGGCUCAGUAGGUGGAGAGAAGCUCCUCGAGGGUUUCUGAGCAGGUGUGUUGAAGCUUGACAGUAAGAUGGUUCUCUGAUGCUGCUCAAGUCAGACUGUACAAAGUUUGAGCUGCUGGUUUCAUUUCCCACCUUCUACUGCUUGUUCCUUAACAAUAGUGCCAUAUUCAGUUGUGAGAAGGAGCGACCACCGGCUUUUAAAGAUGACCUUUCGUUGCCUAACCACUCAGAGGACAGGAUUACGAGAUUAGCUCACUCAAAUCGAGACACUAACAUUUCAAAGGCAGGUGAGACGCUGCAGGAUGAUUUGAACUUCGUGGAUGUCCAAUGAUCGGGUUGUUUGUGAAAUCAAGAACUCAAAAGUGUAACAUACCUAGUUAUCAGAUCUGUAGUGGAGCCUAAACCCCACAACUUACUCAAUCAUUGUUGUCCAGAAACGCACUGUAAAAGUAAAAUGGACGGAAAUAAAAGACUAUAUCAAGACUACUCGUGCAGCUGGUUUCAUUUCUUCAGCUUCACUCAAGUUGUUAUCAAAACUAGUGAUCAGUAAAUGGCACAUCUUUA